CCUAACACCAACUCUCUGUUUUUCUACCAGCUUAAAACCCUCUCCCCACCAUUUCAGCAAACCUCACAAACACACACAUAAACAGAGAUGGUGAACCUUGUAGCAGCGCAGAAACCAUUGUUGCAUGGACUGAUGAAGCUGGCGGGGGUUAGACCACACAAUGUGGAGAUUGAGCCAGGCACUGUUAUGAACAUUUGGGUGCCGUCUGAGACCAUAAAAAAGACGAAAAAAGCCAUUACUUCCGCCGCCGACGGGGACACAGCAACCGCUAAGCCGACGAAGCCCGUAGUAGUUCUCGUCCAUGGCUUUGCCGCCGAGGGCAUUGUCACCUGGCAAUUCCAGGUGGGGUCUCUGACGAAAAAAUAUUCCGUUUACGUGCCGGACCUCCUCUUCUUCGGCGGGUCAAUCACCGACAACCCCGACAGGUCGCCGACGUUCCAGGCGGAGUGUCUGGUAAAAGGGCUGAGGAAGCUGGGAAUAGAUAGGUGCACUGUGGUGGGGUUCAGCUACGGCGGCAUGGUGGCGUUUAAGAUGGCGGAGCUGUACCCGGAGCUGGUGGAGGCGCUGGUGAUUUCUGGGUCGAUCCUGGCCAUGACGGACUCGAUAAGCACAGCUACGCUUGAGGGGCUGGGGUUUUCUUCGUCGUCGGAGCUCUUGCUGCCAACUUCCGUUAAGGGUUGUAAGGCGCUUCUCAGAGUUGCUACACACAAGAAGCUCUGGUUCCCUGAUCGUCUUCAUAAAGACUUUCUUGAGGUGAUGUUCAACAACAGAAAGGAAAGGGCUGAACUGCUCGAAGGCCUUGUCGUCAGCACCAAGGAUACUAGCAUCCCAAAUUUUCGCCAGAGAAUACAUCUACUGUGGGGCGAGAACGAUCAGAUAUUCAACCUGGAACUCGCCCAGAACAUGAAAGAGCAGCUAGGAGACAAGGCCACGUUUCAAGGGAUUAAGAAAGCAGGUCACCUGGUUCACCUAGAAAGACCCUGUGUCUACAACAGAUUUCUCAAUCAGUUCCUUGCUUCAUUGCAUGCAGAUGAAGCCAGAAAAUGAAGCUCGGCUUAGUUAUAUAAUUCAGUUCCCGUAAUGUCUUUGUAUUCCAGAGAACGUUGUAAGAAUUUCGUUCGGUAUAUUGUGAACCUGUGAAAUGAACUUUUGAUGGAUUGUAUUGCAUGUAA